CAUAUUUCAAACUUCAAAUUUUUCAUUAAACUUCUCUAUCAAAUUUCCAAUUUAACAAAUAAAUCUUAUAAAUCAGGUCGUGAGUAUAUCAAAUCUAAAAUGUGUUAAAAUUUAACCUUAUUUAAUAGGUAAUAGAAAGUAUGAAAGCUUGUUUUCAUAAAUGAAACUUUGAUAUAUUAUUGUAUAAUUGUGAUAACGUAUAAGUUUGUGAUAUCGAAAUAAUGAUUCUGUUUUUUUUUUCUUAUCAUAAUGUGUAUGUUUUACUGAAGAACUGAUAAAAAUAUAGAGUGUUUUAAUUGGUGUUGCAGACUUGUAAAAUAUAUAAAAGGAAAAAGGAUUUAACAGAAUAAUGAAGUGCAGGUUCAACUCAAAGCAAAGAAAAGUUAUUCUGAUAAGUCUUAUUCCUGUUGUUUAUACAAUAUCUACCGUUGUAUACCUACCAGAUUUUCUGACAAAAUGUAGAGAUAUUACACUUUUCACCGGCACCAGUAGGCAAACCAGAAAUAAUACGGACCUUCAACCAAAUACAAAUGAAAUUGAUAAGGACAAAGGUGGAUCGGCAACGUCAGAUCACGAUGAUAGAAGAUUUGUAGAUCUAUCAGUGUUCACCUUACCUGCAAAAAGUCGAUCAACAAGGAAAUAUGUUAUAUCGUGGAUCAACAAGCCAUACUGGCUUAAUAUACCAAGCGUAAACAGCUUUUUACGUUAUCGAUGUGUGAACCAAAACUGUAAGAUGACGACGUACCAGAAUCACACCGGACAGUCAGAUGCACUCGUAUUUAACUCUAAAGAAGAGCUACCUAGUAAUAUAUCUUCUGUUUUUAAAUAUCGUCCUUCUGAUCAAGUAUGGGUAUUUUUUCAGAUGGAACCCCCAUCACGUAUCUCAACAUUUUGGUUCAGGGAUGAAAUGUUCAGAAAUUCAUUCAAUUGGUCUUGGAGUUACCGCCUAAAUGCUGACAUAUUCAGGCCUAUAAGAACAUUACAAAGGCGUAUUGGUAAUUCAAAUUUAGAUUACAAUGCCAUCUACAGGAGGAAAACCAAAAUGGCGGCUUGGGUUGUAAGUCAUUGCAAUACGCAAAGUCUUCGGGAAGAAUAUGUUUCUAGUCUAAUAAAAUCAGGCAUCGAUGUAGAUAUUUUUGGGGGAUGCUCCCAUGACAGGAAGCGAGAAAAUGCAAGUUACAUAAUGAAAACAAUAAGUCAGGAAUAUAAAUUUUACUUAGCUUUUGAAAACAGUUUCUGUGAAGACUACAUAACAGAAAAGUUCUUUACUUAUUACGGUUUAGAUGUCAUUCUUAUUGUAAGGGGCGGGUUUAAAUAUGCAAAUUUCUUUGACAAGUCAACUUUUAUAGACACAUCAGACUUUGGAUCUGUGAAGGAAUUAGCCGAGUUUUUGAUCAAUGUCAGCAGUAGGGAAGAAGCGUAUACAUCAUACUUAAACAAUAAAGACAAAUACAUCCCGGGCUACACACAGUGGGAUACCAUUCAGCAUUCUAGUUGUCAACUGUGUUCAAAACUUAACAAUAUCAAUAGAUAUCUUAACAUAUAUAAUGACAUCAGUAUAUCCGUUGCUAAUGAUACAUGUUAUGAGCCAACUGACAAUUAUUAA